GCUACGUCAUAACACCCUGCCUUCUCUGACUCAUCAACAAGGCAUCAACAAGGAAGUCUCUCUUCAAAACUAAAGAAAAAUCCUCAAAGGACUCUUUUAGAUCAGGACUCACUUUAGUUUAUGAAUAUUUCUUCCAUGUUGUAGAUGCGUCUGCAGUGAAUGCAGCCACACACACUGUCUGCAGCACUAGUGCUGUAAAACUACAACACGUGGAUACUCCCACAGUUACCAACCCGGCGAACAGAAUUGAGAAUAUGGACUACGUGCCGGAUGACAACUCCAGGUACAAAGACGUCGACUACUGGGAUGAAAGAUACAAGACAGAGCAGAGUUAUGACUGGCUGGGCUGCUUCUCCAAAUUCAAGCAUCUUCUGGAAAAGCACGUCCAGAAAGAAGACUCCAUUCUGAUACUUGGUUGUGGAAACAGCAGUAUGAGCGGCGACAUGUACAGUGCUGGCUACCACUCCAUCACCAACAUCGACUACUCCUCUGUGUGCAUCAGCGCAAUGAGUGCCAGGAACAGCGACUGCCCGGGUAUGACCUGGCAUCAGAUGGACAUGCGCGAGCUUUCCUUCCCCGAUGCGUCCUUCGAUGUCGUCCUAGAGAAGGCCACGCUGGAUGCCAUCCUGGUGGAAGAGAAGACACCUUGGGAGGUGUCCCCUCACACUGCCGGUCUCAUUCACCAAGCGCUCACAGAGAUUAGACGCUGCUUGAAGCCUGGAGGACGGUUUGUCUCUGUAACCUUCGCCUACCCCUUCUUCAGGAAACGCCUCUAUGCUCGGACGGAGUACAACUGGUCGAUUAAGGAGUACAGUUAUGGAACAGGCUUUCUAUAUUAUGUGUAUGUAAUGACCAAAGGUGAAGAGCUUAGCCCACAAGAUGCAGCUCUAGAGAAAAAGCUACUCGAGGACACCAAAUCCCCACCUCCCACGAUCGCCCAAAUACCAUUUGAUAAUGACGAAGACUUCCUGUCUAAUAUUGAAUUUUAGGAAUUCAUUAACCCUAAGUCAUUUACCCCGAGUAAGCUCUAUACUGUGAUAAUGACCUCAGAAACUUCUCCACCAUCACAGAUAUAACAGAAACCUCUUCUGUUACCCCAAGUUUCUAACUGACCGUUAUGUGAUUUUGUACGAAUUAGCAACUAUGUAUUUUUAGUUUGGGCAUAGAUGUUCAUAUAGACAUCUGUGAGGAAUGAUUAUUAUGGAUUUGUUUUAUACAGGAUUUAGACUACAGACCACCAGGGACACUUAAUACAAAUAAAAUCUAUGACGUUAUAUUUAACUGAACAUAUAAAUUUCUGUCAUGAUGGUGAAUAGCAGCUAAAUAUCCAUCCAAAUCCAUGUAGUGAAUGCGCAAAACAAAAAUCCAAACAAAAGACCUAACUCACUUAUGUAUUAAAGAAACUACCUGUAUUAUAGUGGUCGCACCAGCUAAUAAACCUGGUGCUUUUAACAAAACGUCACCUACAGUACAUGUAUGAAAAUGUAUAGAUGUAUGUAUAGACCACCCAAACAGACCUUUGCCCUUUCCCCACCACUUACCUCUUAAGAAAAGGUAACUUCCAAAAUACAGAGCACCAUCAAACAAUGUCAACGCAGAAUAAUUCUUUUGCUUGAAGUCCCCUCUUAUGUAGAGUCUUAUAGAGAGUCCCUGUCUGGGUGAUCCUACCCAAGCGGCAACCUCCGGAUCUGUAAAGUGAAGCCAAUACGGAAGUGCCAUACAAUUUGCAUUCUUUCUAAUAGCCAGCAGGGGGCGACUCCUCUGGUUGCAAAAAGAAGUCUGAUUGUAUAGAAGUCUAUGAGAAAAUGACCCUACUUCUCACUUGAUAUAUUACCUCAGGAAACAAGUUGAUGUGGUCUCGAUCGCUAGUUUCAAGUCUUCUUCAAUACAGCAUGAUGUUCAUUUAGUAAAUUAUGGUCCCAUUUAGGGUCAAAUAGACCAUAAAGCAGGGUAUGCUUUAGGGCGUGGCUACCUUAUGAUUGACAGGUUGCUACCACAGCGUUGUCCGGUUUGGGAGUUUAUGUUUUCAUCUUAUAUCUUUAACGUUUUCACAGUGUGUUUUCAGUUCAUGAAAUUUAACUAUAACCAUUUUGGUCACCUAAAAAUGUCAGCGAUCAGUUG